ACCAAUUCAUUCAGCAGCUGCAAGUAAGGAAUGAGAAAUUCUCCUUGGCUGCCCCACUCAGUUGCCUUUGUCAACAAAACAAAAACCUCAAUUAUAAAUAUCUGUUCUCUCCCACUUUCCAUCUCUGCUCUCCAUUUACCAAAUGGCUUCAACUCUUCUGCCUCUUGUUACUUUCUUCUUAGCCUUUUCUGCUUCAUAUUUCCAGAUCGCUGGGGCGGAACGCCUCUCUAGUCUGAAGCUUAACUCUGGUAUUCUUCAGGACUCUAUUGCUAAACAGAUUAACGACAAUCCAGAGGCAGGAUGGGAGGCUGCUAUAAAUCCUCGUUUCUCCAAUUAUACAGUUGAACAAUUUAAGCGCCUUCUUGGAGUCAAACCAACGCCUGGUAAGGAACUGAGAAGUGCGCCAGUUAAAACCCACCCAAAGUCAUUGAAAUUGCCAAAGAGUUUUGAUGCAAGGACAGCUUGGUCGCAGUGUAGCACUAUUGGAAGAAUUCUAGAUCAGGGUCACUGUGGUUCUUGUUGGGCAUUUGGUGCUGUUGAAGCAUUAUCAGAUCGCUUUUGCAUCCAUUUUGAUGUAAAUGUGUCUCUCUCUGUUAAUGACCUUCUUGCAUGCUGUGGCUUUUUGUGUGGAUCUGGCUGCGACGGGGGAUAUCCCUUAUAUGCAUGGCGAUAUUUGGUCGACCAUGGUGUUGUCACUGAAGAGUGUGACCCAUAUUUUGAUCAAAUUGGCUGUUCUCAUCCUGGUUGUGAGCCAGCAUAUCGGACUCCCAAGUGUGUUAAAAAGUGUGUCGAUGGGAACCAGCUUUGGAAGAAGUCAAAGCACUACAGUGUCAAUGCAUACAGGGUCAAGUCUGAUCCCUAUGAUAUCAUGGCAGAAGUUUAUAAGAAUGGGCCAGUUGAAGUCGCGUUCACUGUUUAUGAGGAUUUUGCGCACUACAAAUCAGGAGUUUACAAACACGUCACAGGUUUUGAACUAGGCGGUCAUGCUGUAAAGCUAAUUGGGUGGGGAACAACUGAUGAUGGAGAGGAUUAUUGGCUUCUGGCAAAUCAGUGGAACAGAGAUUGGGGAGAUGAUGGUUACUUCAAGAUCAGAAGAGGGACAAACGAAUGUGGGAUUGAAGAAGAUGUGACUGCUGGUUUGCCUUCCCCCAAAAAUAUCGUAAGAGAAGUGACUGAUAUGGAUGUUGAUGCUGAUGCUUCAUUCUGAAUGUAAAUAUAUUACUUUUCACAUUAAAUUCUGUAUGGAUAUUGAAAAUCAUUAAAUGUUGUCCGUGGUCUGGACCUCUGUUUUAAGGGGAACAAUCUAAAUUAUGAUUAGGAUGUGCUUCAAGGUCGGUAAACUUAUGUUUUUUAUGGGCUGUCACAUGAAAUAAGAGAAUGACUUCAGUAGUUACCUAUUAGACUUGGAUUAC